CAACAUACCUCGUCUCAUUGAGAUAUGCCCUGGUAUUAGGAAAGUAACUUAACGAAGGGGACCUCGUCUGUGAAUGUGUUUAGUAAUCAUGUCUACUCAGUAGCUUCCCAAGUAUCGUCAAGCUGACAAUAUGGGGCUGGAUAUGUUGGUGGAUAUUCUCUUUCUAUCUCAUAUUCGCGAUUAACUAGCGGCGAAAUCUACCCCCGUAGUAGUGCACGGGUCUUUUUUCUGAGCAACUCGCAUCAUGAAGUGAAAUUGGCGGCGCUAUCUACCAGACUCCUCUCCCGUAAUGACCAGGGAGAUAGAUAUAUAAACAUGUCUACCGACAGCCAGCAGUCCUUGUCUCCUGAUCGCAAAGAUGUUUGCCUACCCCCUAUUUACCCUUGGGCUGGCCGCGACAGCUUUGGCCUUGCCAUACCCUACGAACUCAAGCUGCAGAGAGAUCAAGAUACCGGUCACUGUCAGCGUUCCACGCUUCAUUGUAAACGCGACGGUCAACGAUGACUGGGAUGUAGUCGCCUUAACGUUGAACCUUACUAGGCGGGACUUUACCAACCCUACAGACCCUUUGCCUAUGGCUGGUACGACUGCCGCGCCGGUGAAGAGCACUUUCACUGUUGGCGCUACGUUGUGUGGAACGGGCGGCCCGCUGCUAGUCCUAACUCACGGUAUCAUCGAGUCAAAGCUGUACUUCAAUCCAAAUUUCGAGAACUCAAAGGCGUACAACUUCGUUGAAGCUGCUGUUGCCGCUGGGUACUCUGUCCUCAACUACGACCGCAUCGGUGUCGGCUCAUCCUCCAAGGUUGACGCGGUCAACGAUGCUCAGUUCCAAGUAGAAGCAGCUGUGCUAGACGCGCUCAUCGACUAUGGGCGAAAGGCCGUGAACGCCAGCAAAGUAGCUCUUGUGGGCCAUAGCUACGGUUCUUACCUAACAGUCGCAUCCGCCGCCAGCAAAACGACCGCUAUCGACGCCAUCGUUCUGACCGGCUUUGCGGGUGGCUUCACUUACUUCACCCCUUUUCUCGCCGGCUCGGGUUUCCGUGUCGCCAAACAUGCUAACCCUCUGCGCUGGGGCUCCUUGGAUCCUGGGUACCUGACUUCUGUGGAUUUGUAUGCCGAGACGUACGUCUACUUUGGCGAAGAGCAGCACUUCGAACGUCGCGUCGCUGAGUGGUCGCACUAUCAGGGCAGCGAGCCGUUUGCCGUUGGUGAGCUACCGUCGCUGCUUGCAAGUAGUCCCCUCGACUUCGCAGCAGUUACCGCACCUGUACUCGUUAUCCAGGGCCAGUUUGACCUGUCUGCUUGUGGUGGUAACUGCGUUGGCCUUCUUGAUGGCAUGAAGGACACGUUCUCCGGCGCCAAGGCUGUUGAGACCGUUGACAACCUACCUUCUGGUCAUAACCUCAAUUUGCACAAGGUAGCCCCGCAGGCGUUCAAGACGAUUUUUGACUUCCUUAAGCGCCAGGGGGUAUAAAGGGGAAUGGAGUAAUAUGAGGGACUUGAAAAGAAAUUGACCCAGACUGGUUUUUACUUCGUGGUAAUUAUUUGCUAAAUUUUACAUGCGAUGAAAAGCCCUAGAUAAUUAUGAUAAUAUCCUCAAGAGUAUCUAUAAAAGAACGGUUUAUACAGAAGUAUCCCCCCUGACACCAGGCAGACAUCCGUCAACUCCGACGAGUCUCAUAGACAUUAAUAUACAUCCAAGUAGUGGAACCAGUAGAUAACAGACCCUUAUAACUUUACUACCUAUAGGUAUCUACAGAGGUGUAUAUGGUACAAUUCUUAGAUACUUUUCCCCAGAAAAGACCAUCGCGGACCUCACCGUCGCUUCUUCUGAUCUUGUUGUUACACAAGGAAUAUGCCGUAGCACAGAGGAGCGCUUGCAGCCCAGCUGGUGGUAAGGCUGCCAGGCCUACCAAUUGCGCAGCCAACAUGCAGUGCACUGAUU